UUCCGGUUUAGGAAUCGACCGACGUCGGUGGUUGCUGGUUGCUGUAGCAGUUGGUGUGCUUGUUGGUUUACUUCCACUACGGAAUAAUUUUAUUCACAAUUAGGGCAAAAGAAGCAUACUUUCCCAGUUUUCGAGAUGGCGGACAAUGAACAGAAAGCUAUGCAAUUGGUUGCGGACGCUGAAAAGAAGCUGAAAUCUGCUCAGGGGUUCUUCGGAUCGCUCUUUGGGAGCUCGUCCAGGGUUGAAGAGGCAUGUGAAAUGUAUGCACGAGCUGCAAACAUGUUCAAAAUGGCAAAGAAAUGGAGUGCUGCUGGAAGCGCCUUCUGUGAAGCAGCUAAUUUGCACGUGAAGAAUGGGAGCCGUCACGAUGCUGCUACGUGCUUUGUGGACGCUGGCAACUGCUAUAAAAAGUCUGAUCCACAAGAAGCUGUCAACUGCCUGCUGAAGGCUAUAGAGAUCUACACUGACAUGGGCCGGUUCACCAUAGCUGCAAAGCACCACAUGACAAUUGCCGAGAUAUAUGAAAGCGAAGCAAUCGAUAUUGAGAAGGCAAUAUCUCACUUUGAGCAAGCUGCCGAUUAUUUCAAGGGAGAGGAAUCAACAAGCUCAGCCAACAAAUGUCUACUGAAUGUCGCCCGUUAUGCAGCACAGUUGGAACAGUAUGAAAAGGCCAUCGAGAUUUAUGAACAGGUUGCAGCCACCUCCUUGGAAAAUGCUCUGCUGAAGUACAGCUCCAAGGAGUACUUCUUUCGAGCUGCACUUUGUCAUAUGUGUGUAGACCUUCUCAAUGCACAGCAUGCCCUCAACAAGUAUGAAGAAAUGUGCCCCUCGUUUUGUGACUCUCGUGAAUACAAGCUUAUCAAGGCCCUGAUUGGAAAGCUGGAAGAUCAGGAUGUCGAUGGAUUUACUGACACAGUGAAGGAGUACGACGCAGUUUCCCGCCUGGACCAGUGGUACACCAACAUCCUGCUCCGCAUCAAGAAGACCCUGCAGGAGACGCCUGACCUGCGCUAAAAAGGGUUGCCGAGCUGCAGUUUCUGCCGUCUUCACAAAGGAGGAGACAUUUCGAUGUAUGAUGUGUAAUAUAGUUUGUUUUAUUCUAUCCUCGUACGUUUUUUUUUUUUUUAUGUGUUUUAUGCGUGCAGGAAUCUUUCUUCGAAUAUGAAUUGUCACAAUUUGCUGCAUAGGGUCAGGAAAUCUUUGUGACAGUUUUCUGCGUUGAGGUGGAUUUUUUUUUUUAGAUGUGAGUGCAGUAAUUUUGAAUUUUUUUUUAACUAGUUGAUUGCAGUGAGUUGUGAAAUUGGUAGAACAUUGGGAGCCAACAGCAGGCUGAGAUAAAGCUCAUUUUUUUAUUUAUGGUUCGAGUUGAUGACUUGAUUCUUGAUGACGAGCCUCCUCCAUUGAUCCUUGCACUGCAGCUGUGAUUCCUGAAUACCAUGGUUAAAUACCAGUGUACAUAACGUUAAUUGUUGUUUGUCAUAUUUCUUCUCAGCCUGUUCCCCGUCAUGUUGUUAUCAUUAUACUGUCAUCAUUAUCAUUCGUUCCUUUAAUCCUUGAAUGUUGACAGAUCAGGGAAACUUAAUUUUUGCUUUUUGAGCGUGCGCUAUGUUUGCUUUCGGAUGGAAAGCUCACUUAACAAAGGCUAUUGCUAUUUUAAGUUAGCCUUCAUGUAGUUAAAGAAGAUACAUUUCAGUGAAAGUAUCCUGAGCUACAUGUGAAUGCGUGCAGUGACCCUAAUGCUUGCAACAAUACUCGAUCCAUACUAACAACUAUUUCGAACUAUAUCGAAUUCCUGACGACAGAAUAUGCCGUAACGGGAUUUAACCCGAAUUUUCAAAUGAAAAAUAUCACCCGAUAUUUUUCACCCCCCGAAUUUGGCCAAAAAUAAAACCCGAAAAAGUCAGGCCCUAAUAAUAAGUGGCUGCCACCCAUUAAGGUUAUUGUCCUCGCAUUAAUGAUUUUGAUGUGUACCUCUAGUUUACGGUAACAUGUUGCAUCAGCUUUGUCGUACUUUUCACGUACGCGCGCUUUCCCAAGGCAGGUUACAUCCUUACUGUGGUUGCUAGAGAUUAUAUUUCGAUAACAAUAAUAUACGUGUGUGCUUUACAUAACAUAGGGAAGACACCCAAUCGAUCCGUCUUGUUCAGCACCCACCAGCUUCACCAUCCUUGCAAAGCAUUGACCCGGUGUCGCUAACAUGCACACGUUAUUUGUGUAGCGAAUAAGCAAACUGUGUUGGAAUACCUCAUCACCUUUUGACACGCCCCCUUCCAAAAUGUGCGUCACUACUUUUGUCUGCUACAGAUGCAUCUUUUAUGACAGGAUUCGACUGCAUUAACUGAAGCCUGGCUUUUACCUGUCCUGUACGAGCACCUGUAAAUUAUGUGGCUGCAGUCUCCUCUCUCCCCCAAUUUACGUGAGGAGAUUUUGUGUGGGGCAUUGCAGUUGGGUCAGAUGCAGGGGCGAAGAAAGUAGAGGUCAGGUUUAUGUGGGUAAAUAAGUAUGCUUCCCCACAAACUCAAUUAUGUACAUUCCCUAAAGCUUUGUAGCACAUAAUAGGAUGAGUAUUUGAAUAAAAGAGCGACGCAGUUCUUCUGCACAUGUAUAACCUCUACGUCUCGCUGUAUGUUAGCAGCUCCAGUUGACAUUUUGCCACUCUUGUUUGGACUACUAACAUUUCAGCUUUCAUGUACAUAUGUAUAAAGUGCUGUUGCUGUAUAGUAAUCAGAGGAAUGUGUUUUAGCACGUAAUAUAAAAAUAAAAUUCAGUUUGAAGUACA